AUGGCACGAGUUGAAGGCCACGCCAAACCCCCCUUCUCACAACUCAAGCAGUUGCUCGAAGACAAGAUCGCGAACGGCGAAGAACUCGGCGCCUGCAUCGUGCUCAACAUCGACGGCACCAACGUCGUCGACAUCUGGGGCGGCCACUUCGACGAAGCCAAAACACAGCCCUGGCAAUCUGACACCAUCACCAACGUAUGGUCGUCGACCAAAACAAUCGCGACACUCGCCCUGCUCGUCGCGCACGACCGCGGUCUCUUGCAUGUCGACGACCCCGUGGCGAAACACUGGCCCGAAUUUGCGGAGAAUGGCAAGGAGAGUGUCUUGAUUCGGCACCUCAUGUCCCACACGUCCGGCGUGUCGGGGUGGGAAGAUCCCAUCACCGCUGAAGAAGUCAUGGACGUGCCCGCCGCCACGGCGCGGCUCGCGAAGCAAGCACCCUGGUGGACGCCCGGCACGGCGAGCGGCUACCACGCGGUCACCAUGGGCCACUUGCUGGGUGAAGUGUUGCGGCGCGCGACGGGCAAGACGAUGAAACAGUUUGUGGCCGACGAGAUCAGUGGUCCCUUGGGCGCGGAUUUCCAGGUCGGCGCCCUGGAGGAAGACUGGCCCCGCGUGUCGCCCGUGCUGCCGCCGCCGCCGUUCCCCUGGGACUUUAGCAAGAUGGACCCGAACAGCCCGCUGGUCAAGACGUUCGGCAACCCGCCCUUGGACGCGCGACAGGCGCUCCUCCCGGAAUGGCGCCGCGCCGAUAUGGCGGCCGUGAACGGGCACGCGAAUGCUCGGGGGCUGAACCGCAUCUUGUCCGCGAUCCCCAACGGCGGGACCGUCGACGGCGUCAAGUUGCUCUCGCAAGAGACCGUCGACCUGAUCUUCCGCGAACAGAGCGACGGGCCGGAUCUCGUCAUCGGUCUGCCCAUGAGGUUUGGCAUCGGGUAUGGCCUCGGUGGGGGCGGGACCGCGCAGUCCGUGCCCUGGCUGCCCACCGAAAAGAUGUGUUUCUGGGGAGGCUGGGGCGGGAGCCUGGAGGUCAUGGACCUGCAUCGGAAAGUCACUUUCACCUAUGUCAUGAACAAGAUGGGCGAGGGCAUUCUGGGGAACAGUCGCUCGCAGGAGUACGUGCAGUUGGUGUGGAAGAUCUUGGAUGAGCAGCAGCAGGGGAGCGAGAAGCUGUGA